AUGGCGAGCGUAGCCAUCCAAAGCAUUCGGGCACACCUUGCGAAAUACCUCGACAAAAUCCCCUCCAAGACUGCAAUGAUUCAGUUCUUCCGCGGCCAGGAGCUCGACCUGCUCCCCCUCAUACCCUGCCUCAUCCCUCCAACCUUGCACAACCAGAUCGCAGCCUACUCUGGUGCUACUACCGAUGCGCCUGGCUACACGCUCUGCAAGAAGUGUACCCGUCUUCACCUUGACCGCGGACAUUCGGACUGCACGUGGUGUGCCAAGGUAUCAUGGUAUCGAAUGGCGGUGUACAGUGCGGCGAUCUGUGCAACGACGGUGUGUGGGAUGCGAAUCAUGAGUCUGGGAUUGGCCAUGUGGAGGGAGACGAGCGAACUCGUGAGCAAAACAGCCGACAUUCCCGGAGCCGCCGAAGCCGCAUCGUCUUCCGACGGCACUGUGGUUCUCGUGUCGAAGUGCGGGCCAACGACGAGCGAUGGCGAGGUGUUUCUGGAUUGGACGACUUGGUCGAUCACACCGCGACCAACUUGA